AUAAAAGUACACAACUGUUCACCCGACUUACUGAAGCAGCAGUCUCAAUGUGGUGACAACUGUUCCCCUGACUUACUGAAGCAGCAGUCUCAAUGUGGUGACAACUGUUCCCCUGACUUACUGAAGCAGCAGUCUCAAUGUGGUGACAACUGUUCCCCUGACUUACUGAAGCAGCAGUCUCAAUGUGGUGACAACUGUUCCCCUGACUUACUGAAGCAGCAGUCUCAAUGUGGUGACAACUGUUCCCCUGACUUACUGAAGCAGCAGUCUCAAUGUGGUGACAACUGUUCACCCGACUUACUGAAGCAGCAGUCUCAAUGUGGUGACAACUGUUCCCCUGACUUACUGAAGCAGCAGUCUCAAUGUGGUGACAACUGUUCCCCUGACUUACUGAAGCAGCAGUCUCAAUGUGGUGACAACUGUUCCCCUGACUUACUGAAGCAGCAGUCUCAAUGUGGUGACAACUGUUCACCCGACUUACUGAAGCAGCAGUCUCAAUGUGGUGACAACUGUUCCCCUGACUUACUGAAGCAGCAGUCUCAAUGUGGUGACAACUGUUCCCCUGACUUACUGAAGCAGCAGUCUCAAUGUGGUGACAACUGUUCACCUGACUUACUGAAGCAGCAGUCUCAAUGUGGUGACAACUGUUCCCCUGACUUACUGAAGCAGCAGUCUCAAUGUGGUGACAACUGUUCCCCUGACUUACUGAAGCAGCAGUCUCAAUGUGUUGACAACUGUUCCCCUGACUUACUGAAGCAGCAGUCUCAAUGUGUUGACAACUGUUCCCCUGACUUACUGAAGCAGCAGUCUCAAUGUGUUGACAACUGUUCCCCUGACUUACUGAAGCAGCAGUCUCAAUGUGGUGACAACUGUUCCCCUGACUUACUGAAGCAGCAGUCUCAAUGUGUUGACAACUGUUCCCCUGACUUACUGAAGCAGCAGUCUCAAUGUGUUGACAACUGUUCCCCUGACUUACUGAAGCAGCAGUCUCAAUGUGUUGACAACUGUUCCCCUGACUUACUGAAGCAGCAGUCUAAACGGGUUGACAUUAAUAUUGUAGAGCAGGACCACACACAUCCGGAAACACAUACACACAGAGGAUCACACACACACACACACACAUACACACACACACACACACAC